AUGCUCCCAAUCACAGUCACGACGCCGCGCUCUCCAAAUUGUAUUAGCAGGACUGAGCACAGUCGUGUGGAGCACGCGGGACGCAUGGGAGGGAUAUCAACAGCUUGUAGGUUGAUGGUCAGCGGGUGGCGGGUGGCUGCAGCCUCACGAUUGCGAUGUGGUGGCGAAGGAGCGGAUUUCCACGCAGAAGACGGAGUGGAGCGGUCGUAA